AUGGUAGUUAAACCGGGAGACAAAUAUAUCUGUCCGACCAGUCAUGAGGAACGGCUCCGGGAGAAUGGCUUUACAAUAACUUCGGUAAUAAAUUCGGGUAAAUUCGGUGUCGUUUGUUCGGUCAAACAGACUAUAACUACGGCCAACAACACCAACAACAACACAAACAACAAAACAAGUAGUCAGACGACCGCCGAUAUUGCCGUUAAAAUCAUUGAUUUAUCCAAAACUAGCGAAAACUAUCGGAAAAAAAUGUUACCCAAAGAACUCAAAGCACUGGAAGUACUUCGCCAUGAAUUCAUAACCCAAAUAAUACGUAUAAUUUUAUUAACAAAUACAAUGUAUGUAUUCAUGGAAAAAGCCGACGGCGAUGUCCUGGAUCUCUUACAAUCAAAACCCGAUUAUGCGAAAGGUUUACCCGAACCGAUGGCCAAACAACUGUACAAAUGUAUGGCCAAAGCACUCGAGUAUAUUCACGGUAAAGGUUGGGCACACAGGGAUAUGAAAUGCGAAAAUAUUCUGGUCAACAAAGAGGCAUCGGUGGCCAAGAUUACCGAUUUUGGUGUCUCAACAUCGUGUCUGAGUUCAUCGGGUGAACGCUUGCUGAAGGAUACCUAUUGCGGUAGUCCACAGUAUAUGGCACCCGAAAUGAUCAAAAAUCAGCCGUACGAUGCCAUGAAAUCGGAUAUCUGGUCGACGGGUGUCAUCCUGUAUGUUAUGAUCAAUAAUUUGAUGCCAUUUUCACCGCAAGAAAUCAACGGUUGGCUCCGACAGCCGCCGACUAAUGCAUCCAUAGCCGCAACAAUGAAAUCAAAGUCGUCGACAACAUCCAAGGAUUGUCUGGAUUUGAUUGGCAAACAAAUUGAUGUCAAUUUAGCUAAUCGUAUAUCAAUACAAAAUAUUUUGCAACAUAAAUGGCUGAACAACUGA